AUGGGCUCUCUUGGUUUUCAAGCACGACCACUCUCUGUUCCCGGGUCGUGCAGAGUGGACUUCGGCGCCGAGGUGACCGGUGUCGACCUCAACAACCUGUCCGAGGAGGACUUCAAGCUGCUCCGCGACUGCCUCUACACCAGCCAAGUAGUCGUGGUCCGAGACCAGCAGGCAUUGACACCGCGCGCGCAGUACGAGUUGACGCGACGCUUCGAUCCCGAGACGGACAUCUACGGCCACGGCAAGACGAUCGACAAACGCAGCAUCCUGCACAAGGACCUCAAAACGAUUCCACACCAGCCCCAAGUCCAAGUUAUCGGGCACGGCUUUGUCGACUCGUUCGAGGGCCUUGAAAACAUCCAGCUGAAGCACCCGCACCACAAUACCUUCCACAAGUACCCCGUCUCCGCAGAGGAGGAUGACGACUGCACGCAUUUCUACAGGUGGCAUAUUGAUGCGGCCCUGUACGAUCUGAACCCACCCCUCGUGACAUCCCUGCUGGCGGUCACGGUCCCCAAGGGUCGCCGUCAAAUCUGCCGCUGGGACGACGGGACCGGGGCCGAGCUGGAUGUUCCCCUGGGCACGACCGCUUUCUUCAGCGGCUACCGCCUCUACCAGAUGCUGUCGGAAGAGGACAAAGAAUUUGCGAGGACAAGCCGCGUCGAGUAUGCCGCCCACCCGUACGUGUGGAUCAGCAGCGCCCAUGCCAGGUCCAACGGUCUGGGCCUCUUCUCGGAAGGCCUCGAGAUCCCAGACGACAAGCUCCCUCCGAUCGAAGUGGCCAAGAUCAAGACCUACCCGAUGGUCUGGAAGAACCCCGUCACCGGCGAGUAUGCUCUGAUGGUCUACGGCAUACCCAUGCGAAGGAUCCACCUCGAGAGCGGGGAGGUGCUCGACAAUCUGGCGGAGAUCAGGGAGCGGAUAUACAAGCUACAGCGGCCGGGCAUUGAUCCCGAGCUUAUCUACCCGCAUGACUGGGAGGAGGGAGACUUGGUGCUCUUCAAUAAUCAUGGGGUAAUGCACUCGGUUGUUGGGUCCUUCCGGGACGGCGAGACGAGGAUAUUCAGGCAAUGUAAUCUGGCGGCUAGCAGGACUCCGCUAGGUCCCGACACGAACUAG